AUGGAGUAUCUCGUGCGCUUCUCUCAGGCCCACGAGUCGUUCCGGCUGCCGGAGCUCCAGGCUCUCGCUGAUCUUGAGGGGAUUCAGAUGAAGGUUGUGGAGUACAGCGCAGAGACCCCCUUCUGCAUCAUCACCCUCCCCUCCCCAGACGACGCCCCCCGCCUCGUCGCCCGCUCCCUCCUCACACAAUCCAUCCACGCCCUCUGGGCCUCCUCAACAACCUACCCAUCCCUCCACGAAACCCUCAAAUCCCUCUUUCCCUCCUCCACCCCGCCGACAACCCCCCUCUGGUCCCCCUCCUACGCAACCGCCUCCUUCCGCUUCAACCUCGACACCUACCAAACAACCCGCCCCCACGCCGACUUCAUCGCCCUCAUCAACUCCUUCAAAUACCUCCCCCUCUCGGGGCCCAUCCGCAUGAAAUCCCCCGACAUCGAGUUCACCCUCUUCGAGGACUGGGACCUCCACGGCCCCGCCCCGAAACGCAUCUACCUCGCCCGCCUCCUCGGCACCGGCGCCCGCCACCUCUCCCUCACCUACGACCUCAAGAAGCGCGGCUACAUCUCCACCACCUCCAUGGACUCCGAGCUCGCCCUCGUCACCGCCAACCUCGCCCACGCCGCCCCCGGCAAGCUCUUCUACGACCCCUUCGUCGGCACCGGCUCCUUCCCCAUCGCGUGCGCCCACUUCGGCGCCCUCGGCUUCGGCUCCGACAUUGACGGCCGCUCCAUCCGCGGCGCCGGCGGCGAGCGCUCCGUCCUCGGCAACUUCGCGCAGUACGGCCUGCGCCACCGCGUCGGCGAGUUCUGGACCGCAGACCUCACGAACACGCCCGUCGUCCGCUCCGGGAAGCGCCGCUGGCUCGACGGCAUCGUGUGCGACCCGCCCUACGGCGUGCGCGAGGGCCUGCGCGUGCUCGGGUGCAGGGACCCGGAGAAGACGCCCUGGGUCGUCGAGGCGGGCAAGACGCGGUACAAGGACAAGGACUUCAUCGCGCCCAAGAAGCCGUACAGCUUCCUGGCGAUGCUGGACGACAUUCUGGAGUUUGCGGGCGACACGCUCGUGGACGGUGGUCGGUUGAGUUUCUGGAUGCCGACGGCGAAUGACGAGGAGCAGGAGAUUCCCGUGCCGGAGCAUCCUAGGCUUGAGCUGGUGGUGAUUUGCGUGCAGCCGUUCAACAAAUGGUCACGGCGGCUCAUCACGUACCGCCGCAUUCCCGACUCGCAGGUCGAUCCGGAGAGGUUAGCCGCGUACAAACGCACGUUCGUGGAGGGGACAACAGCAGAUGAACUGAACCCCUUUCGGCGGGGCUACUUCACCAAGUUCGAAAAGGAAGAAGCCUAA